AUGGGGGAGGCCCACUCUUGCAUAGCUGCACAACCAUAUGCAGAAAUGUCAGACAUUUCGUCCAACGACCAAAUGUAUAAAGCAGCUAUGAGGGCUGCACAAGAUUUGAUAGAAACUGAUGAAGAACUGCCGGCCGCACCGCCAGCCGCACCGCCAACUGCACCACCGGCCGCAACUCCGGCCGCACCACCGGCCGCACCGCCUGCCGCACCAUCGGCCGCACCGCUGGCCGCACCUUCGGCCGCACCGCCGGCCGCACCAACGGCCGCACCGCCAACCGCACCACUGGCCGCACCUUUGGUCGCACCUUUGGCCGCACCACCGGCUGCACCGACCAGCUGCACCGCCGGCCGCACCAUCGGCCGCAGAAACCAAACGUAG